AUGAAAUACAGAGAAAAGACUUUGCAAGAAUUGAAGAAAAAAGAAGCGCAUGGCUUGUUUAUUCCUGGAUAUCUCGCGCUCAUAUUAUCUCUUUCAACGGUCAUCGCACUGGCAGUAACACUGAAGCUAUGCUCAAAUUAUCGCAAGAAAAAUGCUGGAUCUUCUAUGGGAAUUCUUGAUAUUGGACUGACACCAAGGGGUAGUCCAGCUACACGCACUGGUUCUAAAGAGAUACAGAUUGAAGAAAGCUCAAAGAAGGCAAAGGACACAUCCGAAGAAGCCAAUAAACUUCGAUCGGAACCAUAUGCUGAAUUCAAUGUGCGUCCUAUGACUUUGCAUUUUGUUCUUCUGGCUGUGUCUAGGCUUGCAAAUCAUGCGAUACCUUUUACAGGCACUGGUUCUAAAGAGAUACAGUUUGAUGAAAGCUCGAAGAAGCCAAAGGACACAUCCGAAGAAGCCAAUAAACUUCGAUCGGAACCAUAUGCUGAAUUCAAUAAAAAUAUGUCGAGGGAAACCCUUGAAGAACUAGCUCCCAUCAUAGCAAAAGGGCGUAGCACGGAUGAGGUCUUAGAGAAUCCUGUCAAUGCCCCCGAAUUCCUCUUUUACCUCCAUCGUCUCACGCGAUUGGCCAUCGAAUAUUUUGACGAUCCUGCAGCAUUCAGUGUUACCACCGGUGAGGGCUAG